CGAGUGCAGCAAUCGAGGGUGGCGGGGGCAUGGCCAGGCCUGACAGGGAACCUGCUCCUCUGCCUCCCUCCCUAGCCGGCACCUGCUGCCCCGGAGGCCCCAGAAGCGUGGGACGUGCGGAGAUGGCCGCCGGUGUGAUCCGGACCCUGUGCGACUUCCAGCUGCCCCUGCUGCGCCACCACCCCUUCCUGCCCUCAGAUCCAGAGCCCCUGGAGACUUCGGAGGAGGAAGAGGAGGAGGAGGAGGAAGAGGAGGAGGGGGAGGGGGAGGAGGGGGAGGAGGGGGAGGAGGGCGAGGGGCUGGAGGGCUGCAGCCAGAUCCUCCCGAACUCAGGCCGGGCAGAGGCCGCGGAGGAGGCAGCCCCUCAGGGUCCCAGCAGCCCCGAGAUGCCGCUGCAGCUGCUACGCUUCUCAGAGCUCAUCAGCGACGACAUCCAGCGGUACUUUGGCCGCAAGGACAAGGCGCAGGACCCAGAUGCCUGCGACGUGUACGCCGACAGCCGCCCAGCUGGCAGCACUGCCCGGGAGCUCUACCACGCGGACCUGGUGCGUCUGGCCCGAGGCGGGUCCCUGGAGGACGAGCACACCCCGGAGCCCGGGGUCUCCCAAGGGCAGGUGUGCAGGCCGGGCCUCAGCGGGGACAGGACGCAGCCCCUGGGACCCCUGGCCGAGCUCUUCGACUACGGGCUGCAGCAGUACUGGGGGUCCAGGGCGGCGGCCAGCUGGAGCCUGAGGCUGGAGCGGAAGUACGGCCACAUCACCCCCAUGGCCCAGAGGAAGCUGCCCCCGUCCUUCUGGAAGGAGCCGACCCCUAGCCCCCUGGGCCUGCUGCACCCUGGCACGCCCGACUUCAGCGACCUGCUGGCCAGCUGGUCAGCCGAGGCCUGUCCUGAGCUGCCCGGCAGGGGAACCCCAGCCCUGGAAGGGGCACAGCCAGCCGAGGCCUAGCGAGGCACUGGGGUCGGAGUCAGCUGGUGGCAGGGGCGGCCGCCCCUGAGGCACUGGACU